AUUAAAAAGGCAAGUCCUUCUUUUGUUACGAAUCUUCAACAAUACGCUACCAUCAAAAUCGAACCGAAAAAUAGAGCUGAUAAGACAGUUAUGAAAAAAGAUCAGUAAAACGACAUCGCUGCAAGAGUACUUCCGACCGAUUCUAGUUUUUAAUCAACUGUAUAACAUAAGUAAUAACGUCUCCUGACCAACUAACUUAGCAAAGUAAACUGUUGCCCUUCCUCAACAAGUUUCUUUCAUUCCCAUUUUCUCUCCGUUUCUCGACCAACUUUCUAGCUAACCAAACAGAAGCUAAGAUGGCUACUACUACUACUAAUUCUUCGUUAGAAGGAGUGAAGAGAAUCGAUGCAACCAUUGCAAGGAAGAAAAUGGUAGCUGACGAUUCCGAGUCUUCUGAAAAUAUGGACGUUUAUGAUUGUGUGUACCGACUAUGCACGACGGAACCUAAAAUUUAUGGAGAUGCUCUAUAUGAGAAACACUUGAAUGUUUUAAAAGAGAGAGUCACGAAAAAGGUCUGUGAAAGGCUAUAUGGAAAAAUUCAAGAGGCUGCAAUGAGUUUGAUUAUUGAAGAGCGUGAAGGAGGAGAUAUUGAUAGAAACUUGCUCUGUUCUGUCUUUAAUCUUUUCCUGGGAUUGGAAGGGAACGGAACAGCAAAUUAUUAUGACAAACUUGAGCUAGCAAUGCUGGCUGAAGCUGCUGCUUACUACUCUGAGUUGUCCAUGGAGUGGUGGUUCUGGCGUGAUUCGUAUACUAAUUACAUGUGGAAGGUUGAUUGGUGCUUGGCUCAGGAAGAAGCCAGAGCUGAAGGUUAUCUGUGCCAGAGGACAAAGGCAAAAUUACUAGACGUCGUAAAAUAUAUAUUGCUGGAAAGAAACGCCAAGAGAUGGGUGCAGAAGCAAAAGGCCGAGGUGGUGGCUGCUGAUAAUAAGGAGCUUAUAUCAAAGUAUGCUAGCUUAAUCCUUGAUGUGGGUACCUCUGCUUCUAGUAAAAAUGUAUAGGACUUGGAGCAGGAAGAGUUUAACUAUAGAGCACCAUUUUGCUGCAGUGUUGUGUUAGUGCUCUGAUUCUAAUACUACGUAGUACGUAUGAGUGAUUUUCAAUCUAAUGCUCAAUUUUAAUUACUGUAAUACUAUGUGGUACUUUGUUAAGGUCUUUUUUUU